GAGGUUACAAGAUCAAGAGAGACCUCGAAAAUCCCUCUCAACCUCUCGGAAAGCAAAACUAAGGUUUGUUUUUUUUUUCCUCGAACCAAAAUUUAUGCUUCUCAAACAAACCAAAGAAAGAGAAACAUCACCGACAGCAGCAGCAGCAGCAACAACAACCAGGCUUGGGAUUUCUCAAUCUCAUCUGGGCAAAUUCCAAUUUAUUUGGUAAUUGAUAUCACCUAUCCAUCUUCCCUCAAUUACACCACCUGGGUCUCUUUCAUUUCAUCAAGUUUGUGCUCGAUCAUGAUAAAUUUUGUUGAUCGAUGAAUUUUGUCAUCUGGGUCUUGUUCACUUCAUGAAAUAUGGGUCAAAUUUGGCCACGGGCAUCAUCGAUUUCUGUGUACAAUCAUGAUAAGUUUUGUUGAUUGAUGAAUUUUGCCAUCCGGGUCUUCUUCAUUUCAUCAAAUAUGGGUCUGUGUUGAUUGAUUGGUUGAUUGAUUACAUUAGAAAAUGCCUGAUAGAAACCUUUCUUGCCGAAAAUCCCUCUUCUUUCUCUUCGCCAUGGCCACAUUAUUGAUCCUAGUAUCAUGGGUUCUUCUCUUGGACUCCACUGGCGCUUCUCGCCUCAUUGAUAACCAUAGACUUUCCAUUUCUACCCCUAAUAGGGUCUUCUCCAUCUCUGAACCUGCAAGCGUUGCUGCCGCUCGCCGGCGGCCAAAUGCCCUCUCAAGAGAAUCAGAUGUCAAAAAAUGUGAUCCAAAUAGUGCAAUGUUGAAGGUUUUCAUGUAUGAUUUGCCCCCUGAGUUUCACUUUGGUAUGUUAGAUUGGCAACCAGAGCCAAAUUCUAACAGUGUUUGGCCUGACAUUGCUAAAAAAAUCCCGGGUUAUCCUGGAGGUUUGAAUCUUCAACACAGCAUUGAAUAUUGGCUUACAUUGGAUCUCCUUUCAUCGAGAUUCCCUGAUCGCCCCGGGCCUUGCUCUGCUGUAAGAGUUAUGGAUGCAAAAGAGGCGGAUAUUGUGUUUGUGCCUUUCUUCUCUUCUCUGAGUUAUAACAAGUUCACUAAAGAGAAAGUGAAGACGAAAGUUAAUAGGGAUAAGGAGUUGCAAGAUAAGAUAGUGAAGUAUUUGACGGAACAAAAGGAAUGGAAGAGAUCAGGGGGAAGAGAUCAUGUUAUUAUGGCUCACCAUCCAAAUAGCAUGUUGAAUGCAAGGAUGAAGCUUUGGCCUUGCAUGUUUAUUCUGUCGGAUUUUGGGAGGUACCCGCCAAAUGUAGCAAAUGUUCAGAAAGAUGUCAUUGUUCCUUAUAGACAUAUGAUCAGAACCUUUGUCAAUGAUUCUGCGGGAUUUGAUGAUCGCCCAACUUUACUAUACUUUCAAGGAGCCAUCUAUAGGAAAGAUGGUGGUUUCAUUAGGCAAGAACUAUUUUAUCUCCUCAAAGACGAAAAGGACGUCCAUUUCUCAUUCGGAAGCAUACGUCAGAAUGGGAUCAGUGAAGCCACUCGAGGCAUGCACUCCUCCAAGUUCUGCCUAAACAUCGCAGGUGACACCCCAUCAUCCAACCGCCUCUUUGAUGCCAUCGCGAGCCACUGCGUCCCCGUCAUCAUCAGCGAUGAGAUCGAGCUCCCUUACGAGGACAUCCUCGACUACUCCAAGUUCUGCGUGUUUGUUCGUUUUGGUGAUGCAGUCAAGAAGGACUACCUCAUAAACCUAAUCAGAGGGAUUUCCCGUGAGCAAUGGACUCAGAUGUGGGAGAGGCUCAAAGAAAUAGAGGGCUUCUUCGAGUUCAACUACCCAUCUCAAAAGGAUGAUGCUGUUCAGAUGAUUUGGCAGGCUGUGGCCAGGAAAUUGCCAUUCUUGAGGUUGAAGUUGCAUAGAUGGAAGAGGUUUGCUCGGUUUGAGGUUGGUUUGAAAGCGAGCCGGUUCUCUCCCUAUAACUGAGUCGAGAAAUCCUUUGGAUUUCGUGCAAAAAUCUCUUAGCUAAGCGAAGCUCCAGCUAUUUGGCUGAUGGGUUUGUGCAAUUUUGGUUUGUUAUUAUUUUUACUGAAUUCUCCCCUUCCGCCCCAUUCUUAUUUUUGAGCAAAGAAUUCAGGCCAUUUGUAAAUUUUUAAACUAUAACCUGAGUUAAAUGCAAAUUUCACAGUUCUGAAUGAGGUCA